CGAACGUCGGCAGAGGCAGAGGCAUCGGUCUGGGCUGCGCCAAGGUGCCGCUCUGCCGCUGUGCCCGCUACGCUGCAGUGUUGCUUUGAUUUUCCUGGCGAGCGGACUGCACUGCCACAGCCGCGGGUGCCGCAACAGCAUCGAGUGUGUGUGUCGUCUGUUUGUUCGAGAAAAUCAAGUCUUGUGCUGCCUUGCGACAUGUUGGGCUCUGACUAAUUGGCCCUCAGCCCUCCACUGAAAGCUGAAAUCUGAAAGCAGCCUCUGCCGCAGCAUCGGGCAUCGUCAGCAGCAUUUUGGCAAUGUUUGCCAGAGGAUCUGCCCCAGCCCCUGAAUCGUACGGCAGCAACGAACAUGCCACUGCAGUCGCAGUCGCAAUCACAGUCCCAGCGGAGAUAGAAAAACUCAGAAACAGCAGAAACAGCAGAAACAGAAGCCCCAGCGAUAAGGGAACAGACCACUCACCGCUGCAGGAAAUCGAUGAACAUUACGUCUGCGACAUUGCCAUGAUGAGAAUCGGCGGAGAGGAGGCGGCGGCGGCGGCAGCUGGGAUGGGGAUGGGCCUGUCGACCAGACUGUCAACUGUCGAUGACUCACAAUUGCCGAACGAGCCCGUUACGGAGAAUGAAAUCCACGCCACCAACAAAGAAAGUACAAAUGAUGAAGCGAACGAGCUGGUAAUCGAUCGGCAGGAGGAGGAGCAGGUGGUCAGCGAACUGGUGCGAUCGAGUAGCGCCGGUGCCCUGAUGGAGGGGGACAGCAACAACGGCGGCAGCAUGCGAGUGGUUUUUGGAAUACUGGUGCGUCUGGUGCUGCCACUGGCGAAUGGUGUGGCGCGAGGCCUCCAGGGGAUUCGAGAUGUUCGUGUGCUGCGAGUGCUGCAGAAUCUGGCCUCCAGCAGGCAGGCACUGACACAUCUGGUGGCCUUUGCCGCCAACACAAUUUCAAUGAACCUGUCCUCAGUGCAGGUUUCGAAUCGCCUGGGACCGCUGCUUAAGCUGCUCAAAAAGCGCAAGUCGCAGGAUUGCCUGGAGAGUCUUCCCGACACCCUGAGUGCGCCCAGCUCACCCUCGACACCCUGUAGUCCGAUGCAGGGUCCGCCAAUUUUUGCGGUGCGCUCGGAUGCACCCAGCUGUUGCACCAUAAACAUACUGGCCGAGCCGCCACCCGGCGAGCCCAUUCGAGCCGACAUUGUGCUGGUCCAUGGUCUGCACGGAUCGCUGGUGAACACCUGGAAGCAGGGACUCUGGCAGAACGAUCGCAAGCCGGUGGAGUUCGAGCGUCCGCCACGGACGCCAGUUCGGCCGCCGAAGCGACCUCGCCAUUCCCGCAGCGCAGCCAUUCAUCCAGCGCCCAGAGAGAAGAGGGCCAAAUUUACCUCCCUGAACCGCUUGCCGGACACCGCCGAUGAUUUUCCAGUGCAACAGAGGGUGCAGCUGCAGCAGCCAGUGGAAACGCCCUCAGAAGAGUUCAAUUUCAAUGCUUCCGAUAGCGACGACACCGAGGACUAUGCCUACGUGUGCGGUGAUCCCGAGGACAUUCAGAUCUGCGAGGGAAUCGAGUACAGUUUUCCGACGUUCCGCCUGCGAAUGCAGGACAACAGUCGCCUCCGACAGGGCGAACUAGAGUCCAUGCUCAAUGGAGGUGGCAAUGAGAACAGCACCGAGGAAUCCAGCCAGCGGCCGCUCUUCCCAGUUUCUUCCAGUGCUACAACGCGCAAGUCUAGCAGAAAGCAGAGCAAGCCCUCGCCCAACGAUCCAAACUACUCCACAUGCUGGCCCGGCGACUGGCUGCCUCUGGACUGUCCUGGAGUUCGGGUCAUAGCCAUCAACUACACCACCGACCCGUACCUGUGGCGUCCGCUGUGGAAGAGAAAGGAGCCGCGCUCCAACUUGUUCCAGCGCUCCCGCGAAAUGGCCGAGCUACUCAUCCAGCAUCGCGUUGGACACGGACAUCCCAUCAUCUACGUGGGCCACUCGAAGGGCGGUCUGUUCAUCAAGCAGCUAAUUGUGGAUGCCUGGGAGAGUGGGCGUCCCGCCAUGACCCCACUCUGGCGCUCAGCCCGCGGCUGCUUCUUCUACUCGGUGCCGCAUCGUGGCUCCCAUUUGGCCAGCAUCAAGGCGCCCCUGUUAUCGCGUUCCGUGGAGCUCCUAGAGAUUGAGAAAAAUAACAAGUAUCUCUUGGACCUGCAUCGGCGGUUUGCUGGGCUGUAUCAUAUGGGUCAUCUGAAGAUCGAGGUGUUUAGUUUUGUGGAGACGGCCCUGACGCUCAUGUCAGUGCUAUAUCUACGCAUUGUGGGCGUGGAUUCGGCAGAUCCUGGGUUCGGUGAUGUGUGCGGCAUACGCCUGGAUCACCGGGAGAUAUGCAAACCACGUGGACGUGAUUGUAUAUUGUACAAAGAACUGGUGAAAAUGAUUGAAAAGGUGUGCUGAGGUGCUCAAUCCCUUGAGAAGCAUACAUAAAUUAUUGUACGAGGACCUGAUAUUGCUGUAAUCGAUAUGUGAAUAAGAUGGCCAACUGUGAGGAUGCCACGAUAAUUACGCGUACCUAAAUGUGAUGCGUGUUAGAACGUCGUUUUGUUUAUAAUAGUGCAUAGCAUAUUGAAUAUUUUCGCUAAUUUUUUUACAUAAUUCGCUUUAUCCGUAGCUCAAGUUAGUUAUACACGUUUUGUUGUUUCUAGUUUAGGUCCCAUACAAUGUCCUAUCCGAACAGGGUAGAGAGCUUAAGCAUCAAUGAUAAUUUUCUUUGCAAUUUCUUGUGAUCGAUUGUGAUCCAUCUUGUGGCACUUCGUUGUGAUUUUACCACAAUCCCCGGUAAAUACAUUAUUGAUAUUGUACCAUCUAUAUAUGUAUAUAUACAUUUAGUUAUCGCUAGAUCUAUGAAUGUCUAUAUCUAAAAGCAAAAUCCUACACCGCUGUAAAACGUUACCAACGACUACAACAAAUGAAUGUACUAUACAUAUGUAUAUGUGAAUUUCCAGAUUACUAAACCAAUCGAUGUUUUAUACCUAUUUGAUAAGACUGUGAAUUCUAAUAAAAAUCCAUCAACGAAGAUCAUAUUUGAUAAA